AUGCCUUCGUCAAAACGCGGUGAUAUACCUUCCUUCGAAGAUAGGCCUUCGAAGAGAAUGAAGAGAUCUGAUACACCAUUAGAGGAGCUUACUGAUGGUGGCCUUCUUUCUCAGGAUGACGUGGUUUAUUAUCAAAAAGAAGCUAUAUACAGGCUCUUGAACACUAUACGUCAUCGUAACCAAAGACUUAGGAAAGAAGUUAAAAAGAUGAACGGAAAGUAUACAAUCCUCAGCAAAUAUUACCAUAUAAUAAAUAACUGGUGGUCUGAAAUCAUUGAUAAUUUUAAAAAUUUUGAUUUAAUCACCAAGAUUGAAAACGAGGAUGGCUCGGAGUUCAACCAACAUCUUCUUAUUUCGGUUCCAGAGAUGAAUGAUAGAACAUCCGGUGAAACCAAAGCUUUAACAGAGGAACUUAAAGAGAAAAGGGAAAAGCUAAUAGCUCUAUUGCAGCCCAUAUUGUCAUUACCUGUUACGAACAGAGAUGACAAGUUAUUGGAGUUGGAAGAUUCCUUCACAAACUUGAAUGCAUUCAAAUCCAAUCUGGAAGGUGAAAAUAAAAUGCUUAAGGAAAAAAUAGAAGAUCUAAAUCAAGAGCUUGAUAAGUAUAUCAAAAAAGUUGAUGUUAAGAAAUCAAAGUCUUUGGACAGGAUAAGUGAUAACCUUCAUGACAGGGAAGAACUGAAGGAGGAAGAAGAAGGAAAAAAGGGAAAUACGAAUUCAAGCUCGAGUGUGGAUGGUAAUAUAGAAGGGGAAUCAAGCUUGAAAGAGGCUCAAGCCGUAAAGUAUGAACUUGAGGAUUUGAAAGUUGCAUUUUCAAGCCUUAAGAAUGAGCAUAAAAAUGUGAAAGAGCAACUUCAGAAAGAGCUUACUAAUAUCUCGGUAUUACAAAAGGAAAUUAGCGGACUGAGAUCUAGGUUGAGCAACCUUUCCGAGGAUGAUCUCAAGGGAAGUCCGGCUUAUCAGUCGGUCAUAACUAGAAAUUCUGAGUUAACAGCUCAGUUAAAUCAAAUCAAGUUCAAUAGCUCAAAAAUUGAAUCCCAAUUAUAUGAUAUGGAGUCGAACCUAACUGCACAUAAAAAACAACUGGAGGAUGAUGCAAAAUCACAAAUAGCUGCAAAUGCUGCUUACAUUACCAAGCUAGAAAGUGAUAUAAAUCGAAUUCGUGCUGAUAGAGAUAAGCUUCGUUCUGAGAACAACAUUUUGAAAGCUGAAAAGGGGAAGACAGAGCUUUGCGAUGAGUACAGACAAUUGAAUGAAAGUUUACAAAAAAGACUGGAUGAGCUCAUUGUUACUAGUAAAAUCGAAAUGGAUCCUGAGGAUGGAAGCGUUGAUGAUAUUAAAGAGGAAACUCCGGAUAAGAUCUCUUUGAUUAGAAAAAAUAAACUUUUAAUCAAAGAAUUGAAGCAGAUGGAAGAGGCUUUUACAUCAAUUAGAAAAUCAUUUGCAACAAAACUCUCUAGAUAUGUUGAAUCAGACGCUUAUAUUAACAAACUCAGCGUUGAAAAAAGUAGGGCGGACGAAAAAUAUUUUCAAGCUAUGAGAGCCAAGGAUGCGUUAACAGCUCAGAAUAAAAUUUUAAAAGGUAGUAUUUCGAAGCAAGCUGAUCUAAUUGAUGUGUUGAGGUCAAACGAAAAGAGACUAAUUGAAAAGUUGGAUGUGGAGAAGUCAUUGUACUCUAAGUUGAAGGAAGUUGAAUCAUUAUAUACAAAUGAUUUGAUGUAUCAGAAGAAUGCUAGUAGAGAAGCAGAAAUUAAACUCAGUUCGACAAAAAAAGAGUUUGAUUCUUUGAAAACCGAACUUUUCGGAAAGCAAGAGGCUCUUGGUGAAAAAGAUAAAGUAAUCUCUUCUCUCAACUCCAAAAAUGAAUCAAACGAGUCUAAGGUUCAUGAACUUGAAAAGCUCAUUGCAAAGUACAGAUCGAAUUCAAGAUCGGCUGAAGAUGAUGCAAUUGAUCAAGCUUUGUUAACUAUGACGAAAUGCCAACUAUGUAAUAAGAACUUCAAGAACGUGACACUCAAGUCAUGUGGACAUUGCUUCUGCAGUGAAUGCAUUCAUAAUCGUCUUGCCUCUAGGAUGAGGAAGUGUCCAAGUUGUAACAAACAGUUCAGCAACUAUGACUUACUGUCUAUUCAUUUGUGA